UUGGUGGGUGAGGACGCUGGAACUAUAUCCGUUCGCGCGUGUGUGUGUGAUUGUGCUACUACCAAAUAACUAGAAAUGUAUUUAUCUCGAUCGGCUAGUAGUUCCUAGUACGUCAGUUUGGGGACGUAAGAUGCGCUCUAGAACUUCGUUAACGUGACGCUACUAGAAGAUGGGGAGGAGAAAGGGAGUUUUGCUAUUGGUAAUAAUCUUUAGUUUUGGCUCGGCCCAGAGACUAGUAGAUAAAGAUGACCUGCCCACAGAAGACAUCGACCUCACCACCGCCUUCCCACACACUCCGGCCACCACUCCGGCCUCCACUCCGGCCUCCACUCCCCUCCCUGAUGACCUUAGAGGAGGGGAGACGGAGGUGGUAGGAUGGGCGGAAACAACGGUGGACGGAUUGGACGCAUCGGAGAGCCAGACGGAAGUGCCAAGUACAGAUGACCCUCCUGGCACUGUCACUACCCGCCUCACGACACUGCCCGUUAGUGACAUUGUCGAAGAGCCGGAUGGUGCUACUGUCCUGGAAAUUCAGGACCUACUUACUACUGACGGUGAUGUGGUACUUACACUGCCACCCGGUGAUGAUGUGAGUGUUUUAGACAGUGUCGUGGUACUUACGACAGUACAGAGUGAGCCCGGUGUAGAUACUGUCACGGACGGGAGAGAUGCGAUUUCGACAGUACACGAUGACGGUGUUAGUGUUUUAGACAGUGUAAUGGACGGAGACGUGACAGAUGAUGUGGGUGUAACGACGAUCAGUGUCACGGACGGUGGUUACACGAUACCCGGUGAGGACAGUGCCAUGGACAGUAGUGGGACAGUAGCCACGGUGCAAGAUGUGUUUUAUUUAGACAGUGCUACGAACGGUGAGUAUACAGUCACGUCGACAGUGCCCGGUGAUGACGCCGAGUCUACUGUAUUGACGGCUGUAGACAGUGUUACGGACGAGGAUGAAAUACUGUCUACAGUACAAGACAGUGCCGUCACUGGUGUAAAUACUGUCACGGAUGAAGAGGAAGUGACAGCGCAAGGUGGUGUCACGGGUGAGGGUGUCAUGACAACUACAGUAACAGGUGGUUUGUUGACGGUAGGUGUCACAGACGGGGAUGACGUGACAGCUGCAGUAACAGGUGACGAGGGGACGGCAGCUGUCAUAGACGGGGGUGAAACAGAAGCCACAGACUCGACGACGGCGGUCAGUCACGACACCUUGGAGCAGGACCUUGAAAUCCCCGAGGCUGUGGUAGCGAGGGAUCCUUCGUCUUCCACCCCAUCAGGAGAUUUGGAGGAGGAGGAGACCAUCACCCCAGUCUCUGUCACCUUGGAGACCGACCUGACACCCGAGGAUGACCACCAAGACCCUGUGUCCGAUCCCCCACUGACGGAAGCGGCCCUAGAUGACGAGGCCGGGAAGACGACGAAGAAUCUUCCUGAUGAUAACGAUGAUGAUGACUCGGCAACGAUGGAAAGCGACGAUUCGAACGGCAGCGAUUACGACCUGAUAGUGGAGACGGUAAUCAGUACAGCGACGAUUUAUUUUGAUGACGACUCGUUACAGCAUCUUGGCACCAGCCGUCGUUUUCCUCGCACGGUGUCCGCUGAUCUGAGAGCGACGCCCGCACAGCUCAACGACGUGGAGAUGACGGAACAAUACCGCGGCUUCCUCUCACGUCACUACCCGCCCUCCUCCCUCACCACCUACACCACCAUCGUCGACCACUCAAACCUCAGGAAAACCAACCGCAAGUCUGACCCUCAGCCAGACAUCGACGACAUAAUCAAGGGGAUCGUGCAGCUGCUGGGAGGCAACGUGAAGGUGACAGCUGCAGAAGUCCCCCAAACUCGCCUCACGACCUUCGGUAACUUAGACGUGACCAGCACCCGCAUCAACAACAGAGGUCCUCCCAGACUCACUCAUAUACCAUAUGGGAUCCUCAAUUCCCCAGUCCAAACUCGACCACCAAUCCGGCGACCAGUCUCUUCCCCGGCCAACUUACCCAAUCUUCGACCUCUACCUGGCCGACCACAGUUUGUAGCCAACACUCGGCCGCCCUUUUUGGUUCCCCUGCCGCCCUCCCUGGCUAGCCGUCCCUUGCCGCCCCUCCAGCGACCCUACGCCACAGGUAUCCCUCUCCCCAUCGACCUCCUCCCCAACUCUGACGAGGUUUACGACACUCAGCCGGAGAUCACGGUCAAUCCUGUCAUCCCGGGCUUCCCAGACUACGGCGAUAAGACCCUAGCGAGCAGACCAACAGCAGGAGAGAGUCCACACACCACUGAAAGUUCCCAGACGACCCCCACACUACUACACAUGGCACCCACCUCUCUCAUACCACCACCACCGCCACAAGUUGACACGGAAGAAAUUGACAACAUCACCACAUUCGCCACAAUAACAUCUACCACACAACUCGUCGCCCAGAUUUUGUCGGAUGUGCUUGAGACAUCCACGAGCGUCUCCAGCAUCGAACCGGAGACCUCGACGACAAAUAGUGAGACAAAUGUUGCCACAGAUGUGAUACCCAGCACCACAAGUGUUCCAGAGGUGUCGACUACAAGUGUCCCUAUCUCCCAGGACACGGCCGCCGCCACAACAACAACCACCACCACAACCACCCCGCCGUCUCAGACCACCUCAGAGACAUACCUCCUUCCCUCCAUGCUAGACCCAACCUCCACCGUGACCUCAACCUCAGUUCUAGACCAAGAACCUCAACCAACCUCCACUAUCACCACCAGUACCUCAUCCACCACACUAAGUCAAUCAUCCGCCACACCCUCCAUCACCACUCCCACGCCAUUGCUAUCCAUCCCACGCCUUCCCACGCCCUCCUACCGUCCAACUGGCCCUCCACCACCCUCCCUGUCACAUCCCCGUCCAGGCGUCGUACUGGAUGACUCACAAUACCGUCCAGGACAGAUCAUAACAGGGACAGUGGUACCUUAUGACGUGGGAGGACCCGGUGACAUCUUUGACGUCACGGUCUCAGCUCACCAGGGGUUCGGUCCACCCAUCAGAGGACCACCUUUCAGACCUCGUCCUCCAAACUCGGGCCAGCCUUAUCUUAGUCAAGGCAUUGCUCAAGGGCCCCUGGUGACGACUCCUGUAGAAGGGAAUAACGGGUUUGUGUCUAUUGAUGGCCGCAAGACUUACUUCGAUCUGUUCCCCACCACCGCCACCCACGACCAGGAGUAUCUGCAGCCACCUUCACAACAGUCCAUGGUAGGGACGGGGGUCGGAGUCGUCAUCCCAGAAGUGGAUAUUCCCUUAGACAGCAGCGGACCCCCAAACAACCAAGGGGGGUACUAUCCACAACCCUCGGCACCUCAGCCCGCUAUACCCCCACCCACGCCGCCCACACCACACCCACAGCAGCCCACACCACACCCACAGCAGCCCACAACACCAACGUCCAGACCCACCAGGAAGCCCUACAAUCGAAGGCCUACUCAGCCCUCCAUCAGGAUCGACACUUGCAUUGUGGGUGAUGACUCGACCUGCCAGGAGCAACUUGGGGAGGUGUGUCGGACUGAGGAGGAGGUGUCCAGCUGUUACUGUAAGCCUGGAACUGCUCGACGAAGACCUAGGACCCCUUGCAAGAGAAUAAUCUCGCUCUACAUGUCGCUGAAGGUGGACCGGGUGGGUGACCAACGCAUAGUGUGGGGCGGUAACUACUACAACCCAGAGUCCCAGGAGUACCGCUUGUUGGAGUGGGAGGCCAGGCAUGCUAUCUCGAAUGCCAUGUCCAAGACGCCCCUGAGCUCAGCGUAUAUGGGCAACACCGUACACAAGUUCUACUCCCUGGGGGGUAAAGUGAUCGUCAACUCUACCAUCAACCUCGAGGACCUGCCAUCCACCCGGAGCCGCAACAUCCGUCACACCCUCCAGCGGCAGAUCAUCCAGGUCAUCCAGAGUCACGCUAAUAAUGUGGGUGAUUCGGCAAUCUGGGUGGAUGGUCCCCUCAACCCUAUCCCGGAUGUUUCAGACGUGAACGAAUGUAACGAGGCGACGCUACACGACUGUCACGUCCACGCCAGCUGCAUUAACGAGUUUGGCACCUUUACUUGUCGCUGUUUACCUGGCUAUACUGACAGGUUCUCAGAUGACCCAGAGCAGGUAGGAAGGAAGUGCGAGUCGUGCUCCUCUGAUUACUGCAACAAGAGGGGCGACUGCCACAUCCAGGACGGCCAUAAAGUGUGCCAGUGUCGAGGGUCGUACUACGGGACGAGGUGUGAGAUCGACGGCGAGGUGUUGGGUGUGGCUGUUGGGGCGUCCGUAGCUGCUGUGGUCAUCAUCGUCCUCACCCUCAUCUUCCUCUGUAUGUGGAGUCGAAGAUGGAAAGCCCAAGACCGCAAGACUGAAGUGCUGGCACGUGGGGCUGCUCUUGGGGGCUUUGCCGUAAACGUUCAACACAAGGGCUCCUCCUCCACCGCCCACCAGUACGGGGCAACUCUUGAAGACCGUAUGCGAUGGGCACAGCUCGCUGACACACUCUCCAGUCAGAAUAUUUACGCGCAGCAACAGCAGCAGGGGUACCACCACGGUGAUGUUGGUGGCCCUGGUGUUGGGGCGUACACGGCCUCCAGUAGGGACUACCUCACCUCCGCCGUGCCCUCCACGCCCUUCUCCAUCUACAACCGCGUCACCCGGGCCAUCUCAAACUCCACCAUGGCCGCAGCUGCCCGGGACGGUGGCGGCGGUCUCCUGAGCCGCAUCCGCAAUGUGUUUGGCGGCAGAAGGGGCGGAGGGGCGAGGAAGGGCAAGGAGAGGAGACCGCCGUACAUGAUGAGCCAGGAGCCAUCACUGACCCUGCAGCAGUUGAUGGCCCUUCACACCCACCUGUCAUCUCAACCGGAGCAGCUACGAGGUGUGGGCGGUCCCUCGUCCCCACCCACAGCCGCUGCUACGCCCACACCCUUAUUUCAACACCAACGGCAGAUGGCAGCAUCGUCAUCGGGCUACGCAUCGCUGGGUACUCUAGGGUCGACGGCAUCACCACAGUACGGCCACCAUCAGUACCCGCCGCAGCAGUUUGGCUUACAGCACCUAAACCCCAUGAGCCACCUGACCAGCAUGCAGCAACAACAACAACAGCAGCAGCAGCUUCACAAACAGUCGGCCUUUGGGGCACAGUCGACGUACGGUCAAUAUGGCCCGGCGUCUUUCACUAUGUCUCAAGGAGGUGUGUCACGUGCGCCAACUAUGGGAGCUCGCACGCCCGUCCCUCUCCAUGAUAUGAUGGGUGCAGCCACCAUUGGUCCCAUGGGUGGGGGCACUGUGGCGCCCUCUGGCCUAGAGAGCUCCGAGGAUGAACUGGACCGGCCGUACCACUUACCGCGGCCCAAGUCCCGGGUCUCUCUAGGGGAUGCGAGUGACAUAUAUUACGAGCCAGAUGACCUGACCACGACCUUGGGCCCUCCUGACCGACCCCCACCCCCUAUACCCAAAACCAGUCACCCCCAGACAUAUAAUUUUGCCUUCUUGCACUGAUCUGUCCCCCGAUAAACUAACUAAUACUAUGUUUAUAUACUCUAUGUGGGUGUUAUAGUCAUGUGGAGUAUGUUGGGUAUGUUGUUGGUAGUUUGUGUUAUUCUCACAGUCUCCGCAUAGUAUAGUUUAUAUACUUAACCUUUUAAGGACAUUGAUUUAACCCUUUGAUGUUGCUGGUUUAAGGACUCAGAGGGUUAAACAUGAUGCCAUUUUGGAAUUAUAAGACAUUUUGAUAACUUAUACCAAUUUGAAACCCAUUUAAGAAUUUUGCAAUUCAGUGAUAUGACAUCACUGGAGAGUCAAGCAUCAGAUAAGUGACUUCACUCCUCAUACUGUCUGGUCACAUGCUGAGAGAAUGACAUAACUGCUUAGAUCCUGGUCUACCAAUUAGAACUGUAAGGUAAUCAACACCUAGGUUUGUGAUUGGUGGAUCAGAUGUCAAAACCCGCACUAACAUUGUUGCCAAAUGUCUCGUCAUAUGUACAUUAUUGUGUAUGGUGAGGUUUGGUAACACUGUACAGUACUGACUAUAGCACCUUCAAUUAUUUCACUGACCUUAUAUAUGAUGUGAUCUUCUUUAUCUGUCUGUCUGUAUGUCUGAACUAGCAUAAUACAUUGGUUUAUUUUAGUUAAUUAAUUAAUACACUAAAAUAUCACUCAUUUAUUCACAAUAUUUAUAAUAAUUAACUGUAGAUAAUGUCUCUGUCAAGGAUGUCAUUAUUUCAAUACAAUAUGGUAAGGUUUUUUAAUACAGUGGGGUAUGCUAUAACGAAUCUAAUUGGUUCUAGAACCUCGUUCGUUAUAGGAUUAAUCCGUUCCAG